AUGCUCACUUUCAAGCUGUCUCCCUCCACAAGGCUGUUCAUCCAGCGGGCGGACCUGACGACCUUCCGAGGGGAUGCAAUCGUCAACGCAGCGAACGAGCGGAUGCUGGGGGGUGGCGGGGUGGACGGCGCCAUCCACCGCGCCGCGGGCCCCGACCUCCUGCGCGCCUGCCGGGCAGUGGCGGAGGUCCGGCCGGGCGUGAGGUGCCCCACCGGUGAAUGUCGCCUGACGGACGCGGGCGCGCUGCCCGCCCGCCACGUCAUCCACACCGUGGGCCCCGUCUAUGACGGCCCCGCCACGUCAGCGCCCCUCCUGGCCUCCGCCUACCGGGCCUGCCUGUGCGCUGCGCGAGACGCCGGCCUGGCCAGCAUCGCCUUCCCGGCCAUUUCCUGUGGCGUGUAUGGGUAUCCGCUGCGGGAGGCGGCGCGCAUCGCGCUCAACACGUGCAGGGAGGAGGCGGGUGCGGUGCAGGAGGUGCACUUUUUCCUCUUCAGCGAGCCGACGCUGGAGGCGUGGACUGCUGGAGCCAAGGAGCUAGGGCUGGAGGAGGAGGGGGGCUGA